GACGUCAACGUCAAAAUGGACAGCGGGGCCUACGGCGCGGCCAAGGCCGGCGGCAGCUUCGACCUGCGGCGAUUCCUGCAGCAGCCGCAGGGCAUCGUUCGGGCCGUGUGCAUGUUAUUUGCUGUGAUCGUGUUCUCCUGCAUCAUUGGUGAAGGCUACGUAAAUUCAUCCCUUUCAACUGAACUCCACUGUGUCUUUAACCGCAAUGAAGAUGCCUGCCGAUAUGGCACAGCCAUCGGGGUGCUUGCCUUCCUGGCUUCUGUCUUCUUCUUCGUGGUUGAUGUCUAUUUUCCCCAGAUUAGCAAUGCCACUGACCGCAAGUACUUGGUCAUUGGUGACAUGAUCUUCUCAGCUUUCUGGACCUUCCUUUGGUUUGUUGGAUUUUGUUUUCUCACCAACCAGUGGGCAGCCACCAAGCCCACAGACGUGCUGGUGGGGGCUGACUCAGCUCGGGCAGCAAUCUCCUUCAGCUUCUUCUCCAUCUUCUCCUGGGGCUUGCUGGUUGCCCUUGCCUACCAGAGAUACAAAGCUGGGGUAGAUGACUUCAUCCAGAACUACAUUGACCCUACCCCUGAUCCUGCUGCCCCCUAUGCCUCCUACCCAGGCGUUGCUGGAGACAAUUACCAACAACCACCCUUCACCCAGAAUGCAGAGACCACUGAGGGUUAUCAACCACCUCCUGUUUACUAAAAGUUGAGUUAAGGCAGCAUGCAAAAGCACA